CCUCCCUCCCUAGCCGCUGAGUAAGUACCCCCCCUUAAUGAACGACAUCUCCUUCUGGCUGCCUGCGGAGGGGUACAGUUCCAACGACUUCUACGACCUGGUGAGGACCACGGGAGGAGAUCUGGUGGAGAAGGUCACUCUGGAAGACCGCUUCACUCACCCCAAGACCCAGAGACAGAGCCACUGCUACAGAAUCGUCUACCGCCACAUGGAGCGAACUUUGACCCAGGAAGAAGUUAGGGUCGUCCACCGGGCCAUUGAACAAGCUGCUGAGCAUGAGCUGGGGGUGGAGGGGAGGUACUGACACACACACACACCCUCCACCAGUAUGUGCACUGGGAAGGAUUGGGAGACGGGGGGGGGGGGGGGGGGGGGUUCUUUAUACACAGUGUUUCCAUGUACAUUUACUGACCGUGGGUUUCAAAUAAACCUCAAC